CUUGUCAGUCUAGAAUUAAAAUGCGGAGCGAGAAGAAGGGCUACUGCGUCUAAUACCCAAAGAUCCGGUGGACCGAGGCGGAUGGAACUAUUUCUCACAUCAUUUACGCACAGAUUUCUUCGUUAUUUUGCGCACCGAUAGCGUUUAAAAUGCCUUUUCCGCCGAUAAACUUGCACUCACGGAUAUCAUCGCCUAGAAAGGAGCUGUUCAGAAAAAAGAAGAGCAGGGACAAUGUCGCGCCUCCUCAAUCCACGUUCAGUCAAAGAACAGGAGACGACAAGGAGUCGGAGAAAGAUAAACUAUCCACAUCGUGGCCAUCGGCCCAUUCAAAGCAGCUGGGACGAAGCAAGCCGAGCAGAGUCCCUCCAGAUCCCGAGAUGGACAGCAAACAUUCGUGGUUGAGCGUCCCCAAACCCUUGGCUACCUCAUGCGAAAGCGUCCCACGGUCAAGUUCUGGAGAGUCUAGCCAUAAAUACGCCUCCAGGACCUCUCUAACGAAAGGAUUAGGCGAGCAAGAGAUCCACUUCUCCCUCAGCCUGACCCCCGAAGCCAUCCUGGUCAUCCAAAAGCGCAAUCUGGAAAAGCAGAUGAUGGCCAAGCAACAGAAGUGCUGCGCUUCCGCGGACCUGCGACACCGGCGGGUUUUCCCGUCCAAGAGAGCUCAGGGCAGCUCCAGUAACAAGAGCUCCGGACCUGUUGCCAAACUGGACGGUUCCAAUGACAUUAGCACCAUUGUGAAGAUCUCCCUCCUCAACGAUCAGUACAAAUAUGAUGAUGUGGAGUACGAGGAGGAGGAUGGAGACGUGGACGAGACUGUCAUGAGGAAAUGCAAAGAGUGGCUCAAAGGUGUGGAGAGUGCUGCUGCUUUUGGGAAAGUCGAUAAACUGUCAUCUUUGCCUCAUCUUAAAUGCUGAUAACCUGAACUACUUCAUUCCACAAAGAAAGGUCCACUGUGAAGACUUCAGUUCAACGCGUUCUUGCGUUGAAAAACAGCUGUAUGGAGCGCCUUUGUAACGUUAAACUGUGUUUAACUGGACACACCGUUUUAAAACACAAGGCAAGUGUACAUAGAGCAACUGUAAAAAUAAAUAAAUAAAUAAUAAUAAUAAUAAAAAACGCGCAAACGAAAAGAAAGAACAUAUCCUGUGUUUACAUGGGUCUCGCACACAGGGCGCGCGCUCUUGUGUUCGCAAUCACCUGAAAAGCGCAACAAUGGACCGCCUAUUUUGAACGCUAUUAACAUACACCAACAAUGAGACCAAAACCGAUCCGGUUUAAUGAAAGAAGGCGUUAUAUGUGAACGUUAUAAAAAUGGAACAGAACGCAGAGGCGUUUAAUAAACGGAAUGUUUCCACCUUUACACGCCAUUUAAACUUGAUGGCGCAAGCUGCGAUGCGCUGGCCAAAAAUGGCCAUUUGACGCGGCGCAUAUAAAACAACAAUAAAUAAACAUCUUAGACUGAACGCAAGAGCCUGUCCUUUGCAUACACACACACACACACACACAGCUUUCAUAAUGGACUGACUGGACUGGAAUAUUGUUGUUUUUUUUCUGCACUGAGAAAUAUUGCUGAUCACUCAGAGAUUUUUUUGCAGGUUUACUUUACGCAUUGACUGAGAAGCAGUAGUGUUUUUGCACAUUGCUAUUGUUUUCACUUUGCUGGGCUGAAUGACAGAUGUUUGUUUCAAUCUGUGGAAGUAAUAGCCUACGGAGAAUGAAGAGGGACAGGAUGUGAAUGUCAACCAGUGAAAUGCAUCCAGAGGCCAUGGCCCUUCCUUUGUGCCAGAAAACAAUAGCUGUCAAGGCGACACUGUCUGAAAGCCUUAGAACAGACACUUAAUAUCUGAGAAAAGUGUGUGUGUAUUAUGGACUCGAGGACUGUUUGAUCGACAAACCAGCCAUGUACAGUAUUUAUUUUGCAAUGUGGAGGUGUGUUUAUAUGCCGUGUGUUGUUCCAAGUCAUUUUUAAGGGUUCUGACAAUAAAAUCAAAAAGUUA